CAGCGCCGAUCCUCUGCGAGCUGCCUGCCUCCUUUCCCUCCCUCCCGGUCGCCGUCGCGUGCUGUCAGCCUCGUUUUCUUGGUUCGACUCUCCCACCUGAGUCUUUUCGUUGUCGUUCGCUUCAUCCAUCAUGGCGCACUACAAGAACGGUUAUCCGAUCUACGGCCAAUCACCGAAUUCUCCUCCGGCCCCAGCGCAGCCCACCCGAUAUGACCUGUAUCCCACGCAGCCCACCAGCCCGCAACUCCGACGCAUGCCCAGCUACAAUGUGGGGGACGAUGCAGGGCUUCUGGGGGCAUCUCAGCAGCCACAGAAUGCCAGAGCGACCGAGGUGAACGCUCGUUAUGGCGGUCAGGACCGCGAUGACUAUGCAGACCCUCGAUAUGCGCAUCUCCCCACGCCCUCCUCCCCUCAGAUGUCUCGCACCCGCGCAUCCUCCCAGUCCAGCUACCAGUAUCAAUACACCUCAUCGGUUUCCGCCGCCGCUUCCCCGACCCAGCUCGCCUACAACCCUCAACAGUAUGCCCUGCCACCCACUCCGUCACAGCAGCAAGUCGGCUUCAGCCCGAUCGCUUACUCGGGUCCGGGCUCCCCGCAGAGCAACCCGAUCGCGCCUGGCCAUCAACCAUACAAUCCCGCUGCCUACCAGACAGCCACUCUACACUCCGCCGCCAUCCAACGACAACCAUCCAUGACAUACAGCCAGGCCCCUCCGACCCCCCAAACCUAUGGGCCUCCGCAUCCUCAACUGCCCCCACCCCCACCCCCGCCCCCUCCCCGCGGGCCCGACCACCCUUAUGGAAGCCGUCCGGCUGCGCAGUAUGGGGGGGUGUCUCCGGCCGCACAGUACGGUUUCGCAUCUCCGUCCACCUACAAUGUAGCCUCUCCCGCGACUUUCGGCCCCCCCGAUCUGAAUUCUCCUACUUCCCCUCCGUACAUGACUAACGCCCAGUUGUCCGGUUAUAUCCCGCAGUCUCCCCGUCGCUCCGAAGCGGCUUUGCCGGCUGCUUCAGACGACCAACCUCCAACCCCCCCGGCGCAUUCGUCAACGGGAGAGGACCUGUACGCAAAGCGCGCAAGUUUAACCCUUUCCGGCCCCGGAAGAUCCUUACCAACUCCGCCCGUGCAUCAAGUCCAGUCCCCAGUGUCACCGCGCCGGACAGAUACGUUGACUCGACACCCCCAAGCCCGCCCCUUGCCGGGCCCUCCGGUCGAUGCGGAUGCGGAUCUGUUCGUCGACGCAGAGGAUUUGUCUCAUCGCCUCUCGCCCGAUGAGAGACACACUCAUACUAAUGGGAGCAUUGCCACUGGAAUGGGCCAGUAUGUGAACUAUGACGCGUAUAGCGACGACAGCGACGCUGAGGCCGCGGCCGGCCUGGCAAUGUUACAGAUGGCCGAUGAGGAGGACCGUGUUCAAGCGGAGCGGUUGCAGGAACGUGCGCGGCGAGAAACCAACGCAUCGAUCAUCAGUGCCUAUGGAGCGCGAUCGGACACACAGGCAACAUCACCUCUUGCUGACUGGCCUCAGGAUGAUCAGCUUUCCUACGGUGGUGGUAGCUAUCGCGAAACUGGAGGCUACGAAGAGAAUGGCUAUGGGACCGACGGCUAUGGUGAUGAUCGACUGCCGGCCACUUCGGGUUCAUUGGGAGGCUCCCAUCUGUCGGCAGAUGAUCGCGACGAGUACUCGGAGGAGUACGAAUACCCGCUUCCGCCGGACUCGUCUGGAUAUCCUUACGCGCAAAUGCCGCAUCAUGCCCGAGUGGAUGCGGGGGGCACAGGAGGGCUGUCGGAGCCCGGGGCUUACCAACGUCGAAUGAGCUUCGAUUAUGGAGAUGAGACUAAUGGCCCGCUGGGAGAGCAUCAGGACCUGCAGCAAUCAGAAAGUGAGAGCUCCGGCCAAGGGGACGAGCCUGGGGACCUGUUCUUUCAUCCUGGGAUGCGGCCCCUUCCUCCGGCUCCUGUCGAACCGGUCAACAACCCGAAUCUCAGGUCUCAUUUGAUGCCGGCAGGAACGUAUCGUCACCAGGACCAAGCUGAUGUGCGGGAUGCUACACAGUAUUCUCCCUCUUCUUUCCCUGUUGCUCCUGAUUCUUACAACCCGACCGUGCCCAAUUCUGCUCAAGUGCCACGGUCGACAUCACUAUCGAGCCAUCCAAUUGGACCUCGUACUGACCCCCCUAUCAGAUCGAAAACCGAUGCAGAUCGGGCGAAGUACAAGCAGCAGCAGGAGCUGCUCCGUCAGCAGCAGCAAUAUGGUGCGCUCCGGUUUGACGACUCUCCUGAUGCUGCCGCUGCGGCAAUGGCGCUCGAUCUCCCUGCGAUCCCGGCUGGCCGUCGCAAAAAGUUCAACCCCGCCAAGCUCUCCUCGGAACAGUUCCGUCGCUGUUCGGAGCCGUGGGCGCUGAGCUCUGUCCUCUCCUGGAUCCGUGAGCUGAGUGAGGACGAGACGGACCUCAAGGAGCAGGCCAUUGUGGAUGCCAUUGUCGCCUUAUUCACCCAUAAAGUCCCCACGAUGAACAUGGCCGAUGCUGAAACCUUGGCUGCUCGCGUGGUCAAGAACAUGCUAGCCGAGGAGGCGCUGGUGAAGGACGAGGAGUGGGUUAAGUUCAGCUCAGGCACGAUAUCCGGCGUCCUGUUUCAAAUUACCGGCACCGGCUGCUAUUCUCCUCGGUUGCACGAAGAGGAAACGGAGGUACUCGGGCGGUGUUACUCCCACCACUGUAUGCGGACGCUGAAGAAGGUGAAUUUGAAGGCGCAAAUGAUGGAGGCUGAGAAGAAAGCUGAAGACUGGGUGACGUUCUACAAAGUACCCAAAGAGCUCUGGGAAACAUAUCCGAAGAAGGAAAUUGAUCGUCAGAAUAAUCUCCAUGAGAUUGUCACGACCGAGGACUCAUUCAUCGCGCAACUCGAUGUUUUGCGAGAACUAUACCGCGACCAGCUGUCCCGUAUGCAACCUUCUGUCAUCAAGCCCAAGCGCCUGAGUAAGUUCUUGAACGAUGUCUUUGGCAAAGUUGAUCCAGUCAAGAAGGUCAAUGAAGACUAUCUUCUUGCACAGCUCAAGUACCGUCAGAAGGAGCAAGGGCCAUUUAUUGCCGGGUUCAGCGACAUCUUUCGGGAAUGGAUUCGCAAAGCCCGGGCCGUCUAUAUCGAUUAUGCCGCCACAUUCCCUCAUGCCAACUACCUUGUUCGCAAAGAAGCUGAGGUCAAUGUCCUUUUCCGCCAAUUCCUCAACCAAGCCCGUGACCAUAAAAUGUCGAAUCGCCUGAGUUGGGAUACUUAUCUCAAAGCCCCGAUCACACGUAUCCAGCGCUACACUUUGCUUUUGGUUACCGUGUACAAGAACAUGGUCAAGGACUCUGAAGAGAAAACGAAUCUUGCCCAGGCGAUCGAAGAGAUCAAGCAGGUUGCCUUGGAAUGUGAUGCCAAGGUGGGCGAGAUGACCAAGAAGGUCGAACUGAUAGAGCUUAGCUCUAAGCUUCAACUUCGUCCAGAGAUGAAGAAAGAAGUUGAGCUGAACUUGGAACAUCUGGGCCGUCAAAUCAUCUUCCGAGGAGACCUGCAGCGUCCAGGUACACGGACACGUUUCUUGGUGGACACGCAUGCCAUCCUCUUUGACCAUUACCUGGUGCUAGCCAAAACCUUUACGACUCGGGACCCCUCGAGGACGAUCAAAUAUGAGGGGUAUGAUGUAUCGAAGCUGCCCAUCCCUAUGGAUCUUUUAGUCUUGGAGAGCACCAACGAUGAUCCGGUGGUGAAAUCAGCUGUGCGUGGCGUGGCUACCAUGACUCAACCACAGGCCGCUGGUCGGGGUGUAGGCGGAAACACUUUAGCUCACACGGCUAGUGGCAACUCGGCCAGCUCUGGGAACUCAGGCUCGAGCAAGACCAUGGUGCCGGCAACUGUUCUGGAAAGCUCUAAGGAUGAUAAGAUCUUGUACCCUUUCAAGAUCAAACACCUGGGAAAGAACGGAACAUACACACUGUACGCUUUCUCCUCUCAGAGCCGACAGGAAUGGUGCGACAAGAUUACCGUGGCGAAAACGAAACAUGCAGCAGCAUUGUUUGCCCAGAAUGCCGAGCCUUUCAGACUCCGUGUGCUGGCCGACACUGCUUUUGCGACCUCUGAAGCUGCUCUGCCCCCUACGAGCGUGAUCAUAGAUGCCACGCCUCUUGAUAGAGCUAUCAGGGAUGUGGAAGAGCGGUAUGCGGGCUCACCACGCCCUACUCCUAUUUGCAGAACUGCAGUUCACUGUGCUACGGUCUUCCAACAACCCCCUGGCCGAAUGAUGUGCGCCAUUGGUACCGAUUACGGGGUCUAUAUCUCAGAAUAUAAUGAUCCUCGAGGCUGGGUUCGGGCGAUCCCAAUCAUCCGAGUCACCCAGAUCGCAGUCUUCGAAGAGUUCAACGUCUUUGUGCUGAUUGCGGAUAAAUCUCUAAUCGCCUACCACUUGGAUGUCGUAUGCCCGCCGGGUGGCGUUGCCACGCAGACAACAACAGAUUCGGCUCGUCGCGCGCCGCAGAAACUGUCAGGUAGCCGUGAAGUCGGGUUUUUCGCAGCAGGCCAUAUGAAAGACCGCACCUUGAUUAUGUACAAGAAGCGAGACGGGCUCUCGUCCACAUUCAAGAUUCUCGAGCCCGUGGUGCAAAAAUCAUCUAGCAGUCGAACUCGUCUGUUCUCCCGGCGCUCACAGACCGAAUUCUUCCGCGAGUACGAUGAAUUCUAUAUCCCCUCGGAAUGUUAUGGUAUCAAUAUGUUUCAUUCCUCUCUCGCUAUUUCAACCCAGCGGGGUAUUGAAAUUCUCACAAUCGACAAGAAAUACACGUGGUCCGUGCCGGACUUCCGCUCCGAAGCUCCUCCGGAAGCACAGGCCCAGCUGACCAGCAUUGCUCAUCGCAUCGGCACUCUGCGCCCGCUGGGCAUGUUCCGGCUCAGUGAUAGCGAGUUCUUGGUAGUGUAUACGGAAUGUGCCGUUUAUGUUAACAAGCACGGUGACGUGUCCCGCAGCGUGGUCAUGGAGUUUGUAGGCCACGCUCAUUCGGCGUGUCUUUACGGCCGGUUUCUUAUACUUUUCAAUGAUGAUUUCGUCGAGGUGCGGAACGCCAUGAACGGCCGCCUCCGCCAGGUGAUUCCGGGUCAUGGUGUUGUCUGUCUCGAUGAUGGCAGCAGCAUGCCCGGCUCUGGUGCCAACAGCAUUCCCACGAACUCCGGAGGAGCCGUGAACCUAUCUAGUGGACUGUCGAAUGGCAGUUCGCUCGCGAGCACUGGCCGGACGGUUAAGAUCUGCAUGCAGCAUCCUGAGUUCGAGCGCAGCCAGCUGAUCCUGGAGUUGAUCGAGAACGAGGGACAAAAGGAUUGAUCUACUUAUCGGUCUCAGUCAACUUGCUCCUCCUCAACUUCUCAUUCUCUUGGAUCUAUACAGCAGAUGCCCUUGGCUCGCUGAGAACCCACUUGUGCCUACGCCAUCCCCCGCUAUUCCUCCAGCAGCGCAGUGGCCUACC